AGUCCAAAAUUAGUUGCUGUUUCGUGAAUAAUAUUAGAUCGACGCCUAAGGUGGCUGCAACCCGUCUUACAUAGGUUGAUUAGAAUUAGAUUUUAUCGACAGGAUUACAGCCACUCAAAAUUGUAUCCAACGAGUUGUAACGAACGAGCUGCCGCUAGGCGCUCGUUCUUCACGUUUUUAACGUCACGGUGGGUGGACAGACAAAAUUAAGAGAUUCUGGAAAUUAUACUUUAAAUUAUCAAAAUUUAUAAAAUUAUCUCAACAAAUUUAUCGAGGUCCUAAAUUGAAAUAAGGAAAAAUAAGAAAUAAUAAAAUUGUGGAAUAAUGGAGAAUUUAAACUUUAACCACUAUCAACCAGAGGUAAUGCCGGUGAAUGGGAGACUAAAGUUGGUCUACCCACACAUUAUCUUCGGUCCUUUUCCCGACAUUUUCUACGUCGGCAACCCUGACAUGCCCAUCCUUAAUUACUGGGGGCAAUAUCAUCUUCUGCGCGGGUCAGUAAACCCAAACCAACCUAGGGCCGACAGUGAGCCAGAGGAGCCCGAAGACCAAGAGGAAGCACGUCCGGAAGUGCCACCCCCUUUACCACGACCUAGAAAACGAGGCUGCCGCGCAGGGCGCCAGGUUAGGGAGAAAAGAGAGGCCGCAAUAGCCUGGGACAGGCUAGUAAAGGAGGAAAAGUUGAUUCGUCGUUGGAGAACGUCCCACGAAAGCAUUCCUUGGCACGAACUCCAAGCCGAAUGAUUUCAUUCUCUUCUUUUCUCUUCUCAACCUAAAUGAAAAUUUUAUUUUUUUAUUUUCCAAAGGAAGUCAGAAUGACUCCUCCUUUUCUACCUUAUUUCUAUCACAAUUUAACUUUGUUUUCUUAUUAUUUUCAAAGAAAUUCCCACUUUAUUUUACUAUUGAAAAUUCUUUUGUUUUAGUUAAAAUCCCUAUUUUCUAAAAUUUUAUUUAUAACGAAGUAAUAAGGAUAAUUUUGUUUUCUUUACUUUAUGUGUACCACUUUCAAGAACCAUUUCAUUUUGUACACAAUAAGAACAACUGGUGCUAAUAAAUGACCUCAUUGUAAUAUGUGUUUCAUUUACUACAUAAUAUUCAUAUAAGCUACCUCAUUUACUUCCUUACUAUGCUUGUUUAUGUUGCUUUACUUUAUAUAUUUUCAAUUUCUCUUAUUAUUAUUAUUUAUGAAUAGUCAUAAACGGGAUUGCUCUCGACUCUGACAGCGAACGCUAAUUUGGUUCAUAAAGUAUUAAAAAUUUGAGAUUCAGUUGGCGAGUUGGUAUUCUGACUUCACCCCACAACUUCGGUCUGGGAGGGGGUGUUGUAACGCUGUAGAUUUUACAUCUCUCAAAUUCCUCGACCGUGAUGUGGACGUGAAGCCCCCUUUUUAUUACUAAUAAUAUUGUUAAACUAUGAAAGGGGUAAUUAUAAAUAAUGUAAAUAAAGAAUACACACUUAAUGUCAAAAUACUAUAAUUUGACUGUCAAAGAGUUCGAGAGCGCAUCCUAGCAACAAUGUUAAUUAAGAAUAAUUUCUGCCUUAAUUUUAUUGUUUUGUUUAAGCUCGUUGGACGCAGCUUUCAAUAGCGCGAGUCUAACCAAUCACUAAUAAGUCCUUGGUCUCGGAGUGAAAAGGACUCGGAACACAACUUGAGGGCGUUUAAGUCAGAUGAGCAACGUAAAAACAAGGAACAAUAUUCCUUGCAACAAAUGAUUAUAUUUGUUAUUUAUUUUAUUUAUUUUGCACUACUCCGAAGCUCAAAGAAAGGCCAGUCCAAGAUUAGUUGCUGUUUCGUAAAUAAUAUUAGAUCGACGCCUAAGGUGGCUGCAACCCGUCUUACAUAGGUUGAUUAGAAUUAGAUUUUAUCGACAGGAUUACAGCCACUCAAAAUUGUAUCCAACGAGUUGUAACGAACGAGCUGCCGCUAGGCGCUCGUUCUUCACGUUUUUAACGUCACGGUGGGUGGACAGACAAAAUUAAGAGAUUCUGGAAAUUAUACUUUGAAUUAUCAAAAUUUAUAAAAUUAUCUCAACAAAUUUAUCGAGGUCCUAAAUUGAAAUAAGGAAAAAUAAGAAAUAAUAAAAUUGUGGAAUAAUGGUGAGUUAGAAUAUUUAUUCGCCAUAAUAAUAAAUUCACUUUGUUUUCUCACUUGAUAUUCGUUCGCUCUCCGACUCUUAGCAAGUCUGUUUUCUUUCAAAUGUUAAUUGUUUCUCAAAGUUUUAAAUAUAUAGAAUAAAUGUGAGUUAUGUGUGUAAAAGUUAAGUGUUUAUUUAUUUAACAAAAGUCACUACCCGUUCCUACACCU